AUUUGAUAAAAAAAUACGAUACAAUCAUGUUACAGUGUGUGACACUGUUUCACAUAUACGCGCAUGAGUAUAUAUUAUACUGUACAUAACCGAUACACGAUAAACGUCAGCAGUUGGGUCCAGGCACUUGAUUAGAACCUAUUGAAAUAUUAUAUUACAUUACUAAGAAAAUGACACAAAGUAGGAGCCUUAUUAGACUCAAUUUUCCUCGACAUUUACUUAACAAAAAUGAUAAUGUUUUAUCAUAUAUUGUUAGACCAAUGAGCUCAUGGUGGUCUCAUGUUGAAAUGGGACCACCUGAUCCAAUUUUAGGUGUUACAGAAGCAUAUAAGAGGGAUCAAAAUCCAAAAAAAGUUAAUUUGGGAGUUGGUGCUUAUCGUGAUGAUAAUGGUAAACCAUUCCUAUUACCAAGUGUAAUAAAGGCUGAAGAAAAAAUUAAAUGUAAGGGUAUGGAUAAAGAAUAUGCACCAAUAGCAGGGAAUGCAGAAUUUUGUAAGCAUAGCAUCAACCUGGCACUUGGUGAAGAUAGUGAUAUAAUUAGGAAUUGUCUGAAUGCUACUGUUCAAGGACUUUCUGGGACAGGUUCACUCUGCAUUGCAGCAAACUUUUUUACACACUUUUUCCCUGGUCAUAAAGAAAUAUAUUUACCAACACCUACUUGGGGGAACCAUGGUCCUAUAUUCAAACUUGCUGGACUUUCAACAAAAUCUUACCGUUAUUAUGAUCCAAAAACUUGUGGAUUGGACAGUGAGGGUCUCUUAGAAGAUAUAUGUAAAAUGCCAGAAAAAUCUAUUAUUCUUUUCCAUGCAUGUGCACAUAAUCCUACUGGUGUUGAUCCCAAACCAGAACAAUGGAAAGAAUUGGCAAAAGUAGUAAGGAACAGAAAUCUGUUUCCUUUCUUUGACAUGGCAUAUCAAGGAUUUGCUACAGGUGAUAUAGUGCGAGAUGCUUUUGCAGUUAGAUUAUUUGCUAAGGAAGGAAUUCCAUUUGCUUUAGCUCAAUCCUAUGCUAAAAAUAUGGGUUUAUACGGCGAGCGUGUUGGAGCACUUACGUUCGUUACUUCGUCUAAGGAAGAAACUGAUCGUGUUCUUUCACAAUUAAAAAUUUUGAUUAGACCAAUUUAUUCUAACCCACCAAUUCAUGGUGCUAGAAUUGUUAACGAAAUAUUAGGAAAUUCCGAAAUGAAGCAGGAAUGGCUUUGUGAUGUAAAAGGAAUGGCAGACCGUAUUAUUUCCGUGCGUAAACAAUUACAGGAGAAUCUUAAAAAGAAUGGUAGUUCUCGUGAUUGGUCGCAUAUUACAGAUCAAAUUGGAAUGUUCUGCUUUACUGGUCUUAAUCCCUCUCAGGUAGAGAAACUUACAAAAGAUUAUAGCAUUUAUUUGACCAAGAAUGGCAGAAUAUCCAUGGCAGGAGUGACAUCAAAAAAUGUAGAAUAUCUUGCACAAGCUAUGCAUGAAGUUACAAAAUAGUUCAACAUUUUUGUCAAUGGUUAACUUAGCCAAAUUCUGCCUUAUAAUUUCCAACAUGCGAUUUACAUAUAAACAAACUGCAACCUACAUCAAAACGAAACGCAUUUAAUUUUACAUACUGCUAUUAUAGAGAUACUGCAGGCAGUAUAACUUUUUAUGAAACUCUAGUACGAUGUUAACUUAUAUUUGGUAUAUAUUAUAUUUAGAAUUAUAUAAGAUCUAGUAAUCUUUAUACCUCCAGGAUGAGAUUUAUUUUUUCGAUAAUGUAGGCUACAAUCUACCGUUUGAAUAGUUCAUUCUAUAAGUAAGCUAUGGAUAAUUGAAACAGAAACAGAGUAACAUAACAGAUCACAAUAUAUACCAGUGAAAAAAUAAAUAGUGAUCUGUAUCAAAAUUUAUUCAAUCAUGGAUAAUACAGAUGUUUCAUUGUAUUUUCUUAAAGAGAUUCAGCCUAUACCUAAUUGUCACGCGAUUUCUAAGACGUUGUAUUUAAUUAAUAUAUAAAGCAUUUUGUUUUAAUAUAAGAAAUACAUUUAGUUUCUAUGUAGAUAAAUUCUACUAAUCAAUCAAACGAUUAAUGCAUGUAAAUUUAUCUAUUAAUUGUACCAAAUGUCAAUAAAA